UCUCCAAGAGCCCAAGGCAGCUGAGAGCCUCCCCACAUAGCGAGCGAGCUCCUCUGCCCUCUGCCAGCUCCUCCUCCUCCUCCUCCUCCUCCUCUCCAGUGCAGCAGCAGCAGCAGCACCGCCGCCGCCGCUUCUCCGCAGCUGACUGCUCAGUGCACUAGAUCUCCCCCACCGAGCAAGAGGAUCGGAGAUCGUAUCUUGUGAGGAGAAGAGAAGCUAGAGAGAGACAGAGAGAUCGAGAUGGCUUUCCUCAACAUGGAGCAGCAGACCUGGGCCUUCACCUUCGGUAUCCUAGGUAACAUAAUCUCGCUGAUGGUGUUUCUGUCACCGCUGCCGACGUUCUACCGCGUGUACCGCAAGAAGGCGACGGAGGGUUUCCAGUCGACGCCGUACGUGGUGACCCUCUUCAGCUGCAUGCUGUGGAUCUUCUACGCGCUGCUCAAGUCCGGGUCGGAGCUGCUGGUGACCAUCAACGGCGUCGGCUGCGUCAUCGAGACGGUGUACAUCGCCAUGUUCCUCGUGUACGCGCCCAGGCCCGCCCGGGUGCUCACGGCCAAGAUGCUGCUCGGCCUCAACGUCGGCGUCUUCGGCCUCGUCGCGCUCGUCACCAUGCUGCUCUCCAAGCACGGCAGCCUCCGCGUGCACGUGCUCGGGUGGAUCUGCGUCAGCGUCGCGCUCAGCGUCUUCGCCGCGCCGCUCAGCAUCAUGCGGCAGGUGAUCCGGACCAAGAGCGUCGAGUUCAUGCCCUUCUCGCUGUCCUUCUUCCUGGUGCUGAGCGCGGUGAUCUGGUUCGCGUACGGCGCGCUCAAGAAGGACGUGUUCGUGGCGUUCCCCAACGUGCUGGGCUUCGUCUUCGGCGUGGCGCAGAUGGCGCUGUACAUGGCGUACCGGAGCAGGAACCCCGCGGCCGCGGUGGUGAUGGUGGAGGAGGUCAAGCUUCCGGAGCACGCUAAGGAGGUGGCCGCGGCGCCCGAGGGCAGGGCCAGCUGCGGCGCCGAGGUGCACCCCAUCGACAUCCUGCCGGUGGCGACGACGCGCGACGGCCCGCAGCCGGUCGCCGUGGCUAUCGACGUGCCGGAGCCCGCGGUCGUCACGUGCGCGGCGGCGGCGGCGGCUGGCGGCGACGGCCUCGUGGCGGCGGAGCUGGCGAUGAUGAAGCCUGACGCGGCCAUUGCCGUGGAGGUGUAGGUUAUUAGCCGCGGCGCAAAGGCAGCACAUCAAGGAAGUGAUCUCUAGCUAGUACCAGUCAUCAGUCAGUAGUAAUUCUCAUGUGAACAAGACCGGGCGGGCGGGCCUGCCUGCUGCUAGUGCCACGCUACGGCAGCAGCGUGCGCGCAUGCAGCUAGGCCCGUCGACCGGCGGAGGUGGAGUGGGAGGUAGCCGGGCCCGUAGGCGAGUAGCGCCUUGGCCUGUGCGAUGCAUGUUCCGGCGAGAGAGGGCAGCGAGAGAGAUAAUGCGAGCGAGAGGGUCGGUCGGUUCAUCAGAUGCAGACGGCGGCUUAGCCCGUGUGUGUGUGUGCGUGUGCGUGUAAUCGAUUCGAUCGGCUUGCCGCCUUUCCUUUGUGUGUCCCAGUCUGAUUGUUUCAUUUCCACCAUUUUCCAUGCCC